AUUCAAAAAAAAUAUACAACUUUUCUAUCAGCUUGCUUUUUUCUGUCGUGUGACCCAAAAGGAAAGAAAAGAAAAAGAAAGCGGUUGCUGUAAAGUCCUGUCGGUAUCACUUUACUGCUUUGUCCGUCUGUUUUUUGUUUGAUACAUGUCGAGCCAUACCCAUAAGCAAGGUUCUUCUACUUCCAAUCACUGGCUGAGCAACAUCUUGCGGCCGCGGUCGUACUCCCUUUCGGUGGAAUCAUGUCUCAAUUUGGCAACGGCCGAUCCUACGGCACCUCUCGAUGCGCGAUCCGUGUUGCCUCUGUUGUCCAGCGACCAGCCUCUGAAUGCGCGCUGCAAGCAUCUCAAAGUGUUUUCCGAACUAUGCAAAAACUACAAAUUCACGCAUUUGGAAAAUGUCUUCUUCACGGUGCAGGAUAUUCUGGACAAUGCCAUGCCCCGUGAAGCGCGACAUCGAGUGUUUGAAUUCAUGAUUGCCUGUAUCAGCGGACAGUACGACGAACUGGGCAUGGCGCGAGUCACCUUUUACAGCUCACUCCGAAACCAUCACAACUGGGAAGACUUUCACGAUAUGUACCGAGUGCUUUUCGCUUUGUGCAAAGCCGGACGAGAUAUCUCUGGAUUUGAAAAGAACGUGAAUCGACUCUUGAUAACAUGGAUGACCAUGGCGUUACGACAACAUGCCUCCACCACCUCCACCACUACCCCACUUCGACGCACCAGCACUCCCUCCUCGACGGUGACUUCUCACCACGCUUCCAUCACCGAAACGCCCACUCAUCCCGCUGUUGCGACGGCAACGGCUCCUACUUCUCAUCCUCCCCCUUCUUCUUCUUCGUCGGACGCCGCUCGAAAACAUCUGUCAAAGAUACCCAUGACCAAGGCCACGCCUUAUCUCGCUGAAAUUCUUCAUUUACUUACCGUGAUUGCCAAGUUUAAUUUUGCUCAGUUUGAAGAAUCCGAAGUCACCGACAUGAUUGAAGCCACUCGCCACGCCUUUUUCUUUUCGAGUCAUCCCGUUGACAUUGAAGCGUGCAUGGCGUUUGUCGACGUGGUCGUGCGUUACCGAUUUGUUCCUUUUGAAGCGACACGGCCAUUUCUCGAAAUAUUAUGCAGCGCCGUCAUGUUGCCCGAUGACGUGAUGCCAAAGACCGCAGUUUCGUGUUGGUCCAUUUUCAUGAAUUUACUCCGAUCCCAUUGCGCACACAGUGCGAUUCUGACGCUUUGCAAUUUCCUCCAAGAGCCGAUCGGCGACGAUCCCGAAAAGGCCGGGUUGGCCGACGGUGCCAUCAAGUUACUGUGUGAAACAGCUUGGGGAAAAAAUAGCCGCCCCAGCGCAGAAAUGUACAUGGCGUCCGAUUCGGUUUUGUUGACUUACCUUCGGUAUGGCGCGUUGCAACGCAAUAAUCGAGUCAAUGCCAGUAUUCUAAAGAGCUUACGAUUGCUGGUCGGUACACCGGAGAAUACCAUUGGAUUACUGGAGUGGGAUGCUGUGUGGGAUAUCUGCGACAUAUGUACCGAUCACGUCUUAUCGAUCAUGAACGAUGCGGAUCGCCAUCUCCUCGCCCAUUUAUCCAAGCCACCAUCAACAGAUACACAUGCGUCGCCGAAUAAUGUCAUUCACCAAUUUGCGCGUUUCCUCAGUCAUGUCUACAAGCAUUACAUGGCGAAAUCGUACACUGGACCGACCAUUCGAUUCAUCAACGUACUCUAUGCACUGCGACACUACGCCUCGCCUGAAUCGGCGGCUCUGCUAUUGGAUUAUUACGAGACCGAACACAUGCUUCUGCCGUCGGCGGAAAAUUGGAUGGAAUUAUUAUUAGAACUCACCGAUACAUUCUUCAUUCAGACGUCCGUCGAUGCUUCCAUUCGCUUAAAGAUUCUGAAUAUCGUCGCCGAUGUAUGCAGCGCAGUCAAGGAUUUCCAUUCGGAAGAACUGUAUCAAAAGAUUAUAUUGCCAAUGACGGCUGGCUUAGCAUCAGAAAAGAAUGGUACCAUUCGACAAAAGGCGAUUGAUCUUAUUGUUUCGUGCCUUUUGGACUGUCAAAACGACGACUGUUUCGACCGGUUGCUCAGCGUAUUGCAGGACUGUACACGGUGUAAAUGUAUUUCCAACCCUGGCGGUCACACCAGUGAUCCGAUACCGGCUUUCAAAGAGGAAGCCAGAGUCAGCUCGAUUCGACGAUCGCAAAGCCAAUCGCAACCGCCGUCUCAGCCCCCACGAACCCAGUCUCCUUUGCAAGCCGUUUCUCGAGCCACCGCAACGGCGGAACAUUCCAAGGCUCCUACUGCGACCUUUGUGGACGCACCAUCCGCCGACGAGAAUUGCGGAGGUGCACCGGCCAUGUGGGGCUUGGUGGAAUUGUUCAAAGAAUUAUUGGUAGGAACCAAUGCGAAAGCGUGUGCCAAGGUAUUUGCGGUGAUUACCGAGAUUGCCAACGACACCUCCGAUUUAUUCUGUCCUUUUGCUGGCGUGAGACUGGUGGCGUUUGAUCUCCUCCUUCACUUGCGAUGUGGUCGAAAUCAUCGUCUUUACGUCACAGAUCAAGAUGUCGGAGAACCGAACAAAGUCUUGGAAACCAUUCGACAGGUACAACGAGCGAAGAAAGAGACCAAAGACAAGCAAGAGGCGAUGGGUCAAUUCGCGCCGACCCCUACCGUAUCUGAACCGGCCAAAACGUCGCCAGCUGAUCAUCAUCGAACGAGCCCUGUCGCAUUAUCGCAUGAGGAAGACCCCGAAAAGCCCGCGCCUGGUUGCGUAGUAUUAGAAAUGGAUGAGAUCCUUCGUGCGUAUAUCAAGAUUUUGCAACAGGGCCCCAAUUGGCAUGUGGUAAUUUUCCUUCUCGAACGAUUGCCGACCCAACUAAGCAAUAAGCAUUUAUUCUGCGGGGCGACGAAAUAUAUCCAAAAGUUGAGACGGCGACUGGUGAAAUGGCUCAGUACACGAAAGUUCUUGGAAGCCGUGAUCAAUAUACCCUCAGCCACCAAACGAAACGAUCUCAGUUUGUACGGUUACAAUUUGCUGACCAUGCUUAUACCUUACCGACGUGUGUUUAACAAGCAAGAUGAAGAUGAAAUGGUCUACGCCUUUUAUAUUGGCAUCACUCAGAUCACGGCCGCCACAAAACCUUGUAUUCACGCUUUGACUGUCUGCUGCCAUGAACUUCCUUUAUCCAUUGCGAAAAUGCUCAACGAAAUUCUUCAGCGCAUGUCUCAAAUCAUUUCUGUCAGCAGUGUGUCCGUCCACAUUUUGGAAUUCCUUUCCGGAUUAGCGCGUUUGCCAAGCCUGUAUGCCAAUUUCACCGGCGAUAUGUACAAGCUUGUGUUUGCUAUUGCGUUGAACUAUUUGCAAUACUCGCAUUCCAUCGCUCAGUCCCAGUCUCCUUCGGUAACGACCCUUGGCUCCCCAGGGAGCGGAUCAUCCACCCCUACGCCGUUCCCUCCCCCCAAAGAGAGUUUGAUUCAGCAGACGAAUCAAGGAGCGUUAGCGCAAUAUGUGCUUAUCAUGGCAUAUCUCGUGAUCACAAUUUGGUUUACCUCGGUGCCGUUGCGGGAACGUCGAAAGCAUGUUCCGUUUAUCAUUCAGCGUCUCUUAGGUGGUAAUGCAUUGGGAAAAACCAUUGAUGAGCAAACUUUUACCUGUAUCGACAUGUUGUCGCGAUUCAGCUUUGCCGAUGUGAGCUUGUCGCCGGAAAAAUCCACCGUGUCCAAGAUUCUGAUGGAAGGAUCCAAUCCAGGCCAACAGGGAGUCAACGAAAAGCCAAGCAUGCGAACAUGGGUUUACGGGCAUACACUACUGACUCUAAAGACCGCAAAAGCGCUGGGAUGGGUGGAAGUCACGGUGCGUCGCCCGUCAGGUACCAUCUCGAUGAUGUGCAAUAUUGAGAACCGAAUCAAGUCCGAUGCGAUUGACUACGCGACUUUACCCGCUCUUCUCAUGAUGCAGUAUCAGCCGGAUCUCAUGGCGUCUCGUCUAUUGAAGGACACGGAAGAAGAAAUUAAGGAAGCGAAAGAAAGCAGCCUGAUCCAUCCCACCAGCAGCAGUGAUCAUCCACCAGGAGAAGGAACGAACAAACCCUUAUUGGAGGAACGUGGGACCCAAACACCGCCCGUGACAGAAAGCGUUGAACAGGAUGCAAGUGUCAGUGACCCGGACAAAGGUAGUACGAUGGCUACUGCCGCCGGCCAGGAAACAAGUCAAAGCGAAACCGGUACUCCCACUGUACCAACGGCAGCGAGCAAUACGAACAACGAUCCAUCCGAGGGUAAACUGGAUCGUAUUCAUGCCACGCUGGAAGGUGUCCUCUCCGAACCGGAAACGGCGUCGGCCCAAACAGUGACCCACCUCCGAAAGAUGGAACACUGCAUUGAUCCUGGAUUUCUGUAUCUCCAAUUGACGAAUUAUCCAGAUUUGACGCGCAUGAUGGAAAUGUCGCCGCCUUUGCCGGACGAUGAGUCGAGUGUGCGUACGUUGAACAGUUUUGAUCGGAUCCCUGUGGUCGAUUUCCACAAGAUUGGGGUGCUUUAUGUCGGCAAAGGACAGCGUCACGAAGUGGAGAUUCUCAGCAACAGCCACGGAUCGCCGUAUUAUGUUCAAUUCCUGAAUGCGCUAGGCACGAUUCAGCGAUUGCGCGGGCGCACGGACAAUACGGGCGGUUUAGAUCGUGAAAUGGAUAUUGAUGGUAAAUAUGCUUACUUUUGGAAAGACGAUGUGACAGAGAUGAUUUUCCACGUGGCGACGAUGAUGCCGACGAAUCUGGAACGAGAUCCUCAAUGCAGUGCCAAGAAACGUCACAUUGGCAACGACUACGUAUCGAUUGUGUACAAUGAUUCGGGCGCCGAGUAUGCGUUUGACACGUUACCUGGGCAGUUUAAUUUUAUCAACAUUGUGGUCACACCGUUCUCCAUUUCCACCGAAAAAGUCACACCAUCGCAAGCGUUCCUGGGAGCGGAAAACACGUUUUUCAAGGUGGAAAUGCAACGACGACCGGAUAUGCCAGAAAUUGGGCCUAUUGCCGAACCGAAACUGGUGUCGGCGCAGUCAUUGCCAGGAUUUGUGCGACAGGCGGCGUUGCAUGCCAACAUCUUUGCCCAAGUGUUUGAUUCGGUGGCCGGCCACAAGCGCGAAUACGUAUCUCACUGGAAAGAAAGACUUCGACAUAUCCGACGUGUCAAGGAUCGAUUAUCUGCUGGACGAGGCGAUUCCGCUAAAUCGGCCAAAGAAACCACAUCCACCAACCCGUACCCUGUCGAGACCCUUUUAGAUUUUACCAAAUACGUUUAAACAAAUUGACACCCAAAAGAAAAAGAAAAAG